AUGAGGCAAAUAUGCCGCUGCUUCUGGUUAUCAUUGUUCAUCAGUGGUUGUGUGGCAAUUUACACGGCAAAUUCUACCCAUCAUAUAUGUCUGGCUGGUACCCCUGGUGGUUUCAUUAGGCCAUCGACUCGGCCGAUAGGUGUGGUGGCCAGCAGAUACGCCAGCCCCGCGUAUCGUAUAGAUAUGUGCCAGAACAGUGUGCAUAAAAUGGCUAAAAAUAUUGCUGGUUCGCUAAAUUUCGUUGGAUGUAACGAUAUAGUGGCCAACUUGGCCACUAAACUAAAAACAUUUGUCCCUGAUGAUAUGCUUAAUUUGAAGCUUCCCUUCCAGUCUUUAAUCUACUUCUCCACCUUAUCCAUUUACCUGGUCGAUUCAUUCAUCUUUGAUGGCCUUUUUGCCGGAUUAUUCGAGCUAAGGGGCAAUGCCCUGGCUGUGAAUGAAGAGGCUUAUCGCAUCCUAACCUCCCUAUUCAUACACCGAGACUGGUCUCACCUGGCAAUGAAUUUGCUUAGUUUCUCGACAAUCGCUCCCAUGGUCAUCAAGGCGACAGGGCCAAUUAAAGCCCUGCUAAUUUACAUCCUUUCAGGAAUAAUCGCAAACUACGUAACAUACGUCUAUCACGUUUUGCACGAGAAGGGAAUACCCAUUCAAGGGGAAUUUGAUGACGGACGGUUUGAUCCUGUUAUUGAUAUAUCUAAAAAAUAUUAUGAAGCUGUUAGAAUGUUCAAAGAAUUCCCCUUUCCAAAGUACCUCUUUCUGCACUUUAAAAGUCUACUUAGACGUUUACUAUAUGGCAAACCAAAGUAUUCAACGCUUAAAUUAAAUCCAACGCUGCACUCUUUCACUGCCAGAGGGGCCAGUGGCGCUAUCUAUGGUCUGCACGGUGCAUACAUGAUUUAUAGAUGGAACAAAGAAGGGAUUAUGGCUAUUCCUACAGGAUUCUUGCUGCCCAAUAGGAUCUGGGAGAUUAUUCUAUCUUCCCUACUCAAUUCAUUGGGCGAUAACCAUAUAGAUACUGUGGCGCACGUGUCGGGUUUUAUUGCGGGAAUGUUAAUAGGAUCAGUUAUAAAGUUGUACUCCUAA